UCCGAGUAGGGAUCUGAUAAUUCUUAGCAUUAUGGAUGUUUUUUUACUUUUCCAUUAAUCUGACUCAUUCUAUUAUAGGUGUGUUCGAGUGCGGUCACAGUGAUAAAAUAUAGUAUUCUUUCUAUUGUGUAACGUGCAUUACAUUUUGUAAUUAAGAGUUAAAUAAUGAGUGACAGAAGCCAGAGUGUUGCAAAAGACGAGGAUAAAUCAAGUCAUAAGGUGCAACCUAACCACGACUUUGCUGUGAAAUUGUUAAAAGACCGACGUGGAAGAAUCACAAACGCUGGGAAGUAUUCCGAGCGUUACAAAAACUCAUUUUCGCAUCAAGUCUCCGAGGAACAAAAUCAAAGUGUUUACGAUCGUUUGCGUAAAUCAUCGACUGGCGAAAUGGCGGAAAAAAGCGACCGAAACAAAAGUAGUAACGCAACCACGGAUCUUAACAAGGCACACAAUACCUUAACCAGUUACAAGCAGUUUCCGGAUGGAAAAGUCCGAAAGUCGCCUCAGAUUGGCGGCCUUAUCAGGAGAAAAGACGUGAAUGUCUACACCGUUUCGGAAAACUCCUCAAGCUCGCCUCCGGUGAGGGGAAAUCCGGUGGCCCUCCAGCAGAUUCUGGGAGAGCCCAAAGAAGUGAAACUUAGUGUCCAAACGCCGGUUUCACCGAAUUCAUCGGCCGCGAAGGCGCUUCCGGUUAACGUGGUGGUGAAAGAUCGGGACUCGGCAAUGGAGCAUCUCCAGAAAGUUGAGUGGUAUAUAAAUAAGUUGAACGAGAGGGAGAAGGAAUUGGAGAAUUUGAAAAAAUUCGAAGCUUUGCUUCAGGAAGCGAAGGGACCGCCGAAGAAAGUUGCACCGAAAGUGAUGGAGAAGUCGCAUGAUUUGCUCAAGUCGCAAGAGCACAUUCUUAAUCCGAUCAAGCAUUGCACGGAGGUUGAGGAUUUGCAGAGAAAGGAUUUGAAUUUUAUCGCAGACGAUUCGCAGUUUCAACGAAACACAGGCGGGAGAAAAAGUUUAAACAACGAGAGUGAAAAUAAGAGUAAAAAGGCGGCGCCUUUGGAUCGCACCGCUUCGGAUGCACAAGACAGAGAGCUCAAAAUAAAACCACGCAUUACUAAACAAGUAAAUCGUAACGUUGCAAAGAGUAAUGACAGUUCGGUGGAAUCGACCAGAAGCGGUACAGCUUCGACAAGAAAUAGACCGAGGGUGGGAGACGAACCAACCAUAGGCAAAUACAAAUUACUUAAAACUAUCGGCAAAGGAAACUUUGCCAAAGUGAAAUUAGCUAAACAUGUCCCAACUGGGAAAGAGGUAGCAAUCAAGAUCAUCGAUAAAACACAACUUAACCCUAGCUCACUGCAAAAACUAUUUAGAGAAGUAAGAAUAAUGAAAAUGUUAGAUCAUCCAAACAUAGUGAAACUAUUUCAAGUAAUCGAAACCGACAAAACUUUGUACCUGGUAAUGGAAUACGCCUCUGGAGGUGAAGUCUUUGAUUAUCUAGUACUACACGGAAGGAUGAAAGAAAAAGAAGCUCGAUCUAAAUUUAGGCAAAUUGUAUCAGCGGUGCAGUACUGUCAUCAAAAAAGAAUAAUACACAGAGAUUUAAAGGCUGAAAACUUACUGUUGGAUAGUGAAAUGAACAUCAAAAUCGCCGACUUCGGAUUCUCAAACGAAUUCACGCCCGGAAACAAACUGGAUACUUUCUGUGGGAGUCCCCCGUACGCGGCACCGGAGCUGUUUCAAGGGAAAAAGUACGAUGGUCCCGAAGUGGACGUUUGGUCGCUGGGCGUGAUAUUGUAUACCUUGGUCUCAGGAAGUUUACCAUUUGAUGGUUCGACGUUGAGGGAGUUGAGAGAACGAGUAUUACGAGGAAAAUACCGCAUACCUUUCUACAUGAGCACGGACUGUGAAAAUCUUUUGAAAAAGUUUCUCGUAUUGAACCCUGCCAAAAGGGCGAAUCUUGAAACUAUUAUGAAAGACAAAUGGAUGAACCAGGGGUAUGUGGGGGGUUUAAAGACAAUUCGGAUCCAGAUCGCCUCAGAUGUUCGACAGAAAAAGAUAAUGAACAGUUACGAGAACGACGAGCUGAAACCAUACGUGGAACCAGAGGCGGAUAUGAACGACCCUAAACGAAUAGAAGCUUUAGUCUGUUUGGGUUUCAAUCGAUAUGAUGUUGAAAACUCGUUGGAUUCACAAAAAUACGAUGAUGCUUACGCUACGUAUUUACUACUCGGACGAAAGAGUACAGAUCCGGAAAGUGACGGCAGCCGAAGCGGAAGUAGUUUGUCUCUCAGGAACAUGUCAGGUCAGCCGGCCGUCGGCGCUCCUCAACCUACGGCACAGAGUCCUUCGCAUCGUGGUGUUCAUAGAUCAAUAUCGGCAACGCAUGCCAAGCCUAACAGAAGGGCCUCUAGCGGAGGUGGCACGAUAGGAGAAACGUUAAGAACAGGACCACAAUCACAAGUACCUGCUCCACAAAGUAAUAAUCACCAGUCCGGUUUUAAAAGACAAAAUACUGUCGAUAGCGCUACGAUUAAAGAAAAUAGCGCUAGACUUAAUGCUAGGCCUGCCAGUGCUCAAGCGAAAACCGCAACCGAAAACAGUAUACAACCUCCAAGUAAAGCUCGAACUGUAUCUAAGAACACCGCCUUAUCUUUAGGAACUACCGUCGGUCGACGAUCUACUAUUAGUUACGAUGGAAAAUCGGAAAGUACGGAAAAAACUAAUUUAGCCGCCGAAGUACCGAGUUCUGGUGAAGGUGGGGGCACAGGAGACUCUUUACGGCCUGCCAAAGGUCAUGUUAAAUCUGCAUCUGUCAGUAGUAGUGGACCAGAACCCGCCUCUGAUCCGCUACGUUCUAGUCGCACAAGUGCAUCGCCGGCGACGACAAGGCAGCCCGCAUUCCCUAGAAACACAUCGUCCAGAAGCACGUUCCAUUCGGGACAAACCCGGCCGAGAGCUACUUACGCGCAAGGCUCUCCCGGAGACUCGCCGCAUACGAGACCGUCGUUCUUUGCAAAAUUCAGUCUUCGGGGCUUUACAAAAAGAGCAUUAGAUCCCACCCAACAUGUUAAAUAUAGCAACUCACCAUUACCUACUGUAGGGGCUGGUGGAGCACAAAACGACGACCAGGUGAAGCCACGAUCUCUGCGCUUCACGUGGUCGAUGAAGACGACUUCGAGUCGAGAUCCGUCGGAAAUAAUGGCCGAAAUUCGCAAAGUCUUAGAUGCGAAUAAUUGCGAUUACGAACAACGCGAGAGAUUUCUCCUACUUUGCGUCCAUGGAGACCCCAAUACCGAUAGUUUAGUGCAGUGGGAGAUUGAGGUCUGUAAGUUGCCGCGGCUGUCGCUGAAUGGAGUGCGCUUCAAGAGGAUUUCAGGUACAAGCAUCGGAUUUAAAAACAUCGCCAGCAAGAUUGCGAACGAAUUGAAACUGUGACUGCUCGUUAAAGAACCGGAGGAGUCCGACGAACCAUCGUAAAAGAAGCAGUGUAGUGAUUUCAGACUCGACAACUUUUAUUUUGCGAAUAUUAUGGUGUAAGUUGCAUUCACACUGAAUCAUAGCUAUUACAAUCACCACCACAGAUUUUUUUUACAAAAAAAAAAAAAACGAAUAACCUGCGACUAUAGCUUGUGAUAUCCGGAAUUGAGCCAAGAGUAGGAAAUCUCUACACAUUUUAAGCAACCAUUCUGAGAUCUCUUGUUGUUUUCUUAGAAGAUACAAUACAUAGACAUUAAAUGAUAUGCAACCCGUUUAUAUGACGCUAUUAAAUGGUACUUGUAAAGUAUUUUAACGACAAAAGUCAUUAAACAACUUAUCGGUGAUUUCCUCAGUUUUCUACAUUAAUAAUAUAAUUCACGCUUUUGUUAUCUAAGGAUUAGGUACGUGUAACUUUUUUAAGCGGUUUAUUUAGUAACAUUACGUUAUGCAAUUACAAAUCAGGAGAGUUACAACAAUCGCAAUAGGAAUUUUGAACCUGAUGUUCGAAUCGAUGUCAAUUCUCCCGCUCUCGAGUCUCAUUGGAGAGGAAUUGUGACUUUACAUCAUCAUGAUCAUAAGUAAAAAUUGUAAUCAAUUGACUCAUUUUUUAGUCGUUUGUCUAUAAUUUUUAUGUGAUAUGUAUUUAAUUUAUAUAAAUCACAAAGUCACUGUAAUGGACUUUUAAGGUGCAUAAGCACUAAGUGUUUUUCAAUUUGUAAAUAUUGUAUGAAAGUGCGAGUGUGUGUGAUUGCUAAAAUAAUUUUUAAUAUUAUUAUUCGUGCCGUUUAUUGCGUUCUUCAGGUGUUGUUCGAGAGGCUUCGUUUAUUUAUUUAUUUUCGUUAGAUAGAGUUACUUGCAGUCGCAAAACGGAAAGGAUUUGUUUCGUGAUUUGAUUGAAGUGAACAUCUGUUGAAUGCAAUCGUCGCGGCAGAGCACAUUAUAACACGUCAAAUCCAUGAGUGUACUUAGAUAAAAGAAAAAAGUCAUUACCUUCACAUGUUGUACUCCUUGCUUCUUCUGAUUUCGAGUUUGGCAUCUGUUCCAUUUACGUUUGUACAUUUUUAUUUGCUGCAAUCUUAGAAGAAGUAAGGUUAUGUUUGAUUAAAUUUAUAAUAAUACUGUAGUGAUAUGUAACAAAAAAAUAUACCUAAUUAAUUGUUAGGAAAGAGCUUAGAUUAGUAUGCUGUAAAAAGCAUUCUUGCUUUCCAUGAUUACCUUUACAAUUUUGUUCACUGGGGAUGGGCACUUUAUGUUAGUGAAAUGAAUAAUUGAUCAUUUAUAAUAAAAAUAAAAUUCUU